CGCCUGAUGGCUCUGUUUAAGCAACUAACCUGGCAACCCGAGUUAGCCUGAGAAACAGUUUUUUUUCUGCCAUUUCUUCAGGCUACCAUGGCGCUGCUCAGCCUCCUGAAGCUUCUUUUUGCUGUAUUUAUCUCUGUCCUCCACAGCCUGCCCUGGUCCAUAGAUAUCUAUGAGAGCCAAGCCCCUGGCGCCAUCCUUCAGACUUUCUCCUUCAACUGCUCCUCCUACAUGCCCACCCUGGAGUUACUCGGUGUGAGUCCACCCACCAGCUUCUUCAACAAACCCAGCCUGCACGGGUAUAAGGGGAUCUAUCUGGGAAAGGUGACCCUGAGUAGCUCUGCUCGGCUGGAUGCCCUGGCAGUAAACCGCUAUGAGCUGCAGCUGCAGUACAAAUGCGGGAACUUUGUGCUCGCGGGCCAGCUCUUUGUCCACGUGCAGCGGGACCCUGGCCGUAUCCAGUGUGCUGGUCCGUUUGCCAGCCCAGCUGGGGAAUUCAUGUAUGUGCCAGAGACGGUCACGCCUGGGGCCCUGCUCUACACUCUGUUGCUGCCAGACCUCGGCAUCCAGAGAGCCCAGAUCAACAUCACCAGUGCCCAAGACCCUCCACUCUUCCCUGGGCCUUUCUCCAUUGAUGAUCACGGACUGCUGCGGGCUCCAGCCCAGGGCCUCAGAGGCCAGGCUCAGAAGACCUUCCGGCUGCAGAUUUUAGUGUCCUUAGGAAAAAGCCAGAGUUGCAAAGGGAUGCUGACAGUGAAGGUUUUGCCCAAGCCGUCCAGCCAAGUCUCCUUCCCACAGAAGGCCCAGAGUAUCACCAUCUCAGAGGAUUUGGCCCCUGGGGGCAAGGUGACUCAGGUCCAAGCUGGGGGGUUCAACUUGCUCUAUGAAAUCAUCUCCCCAUUGCCCAGUCCACUCUACUCCAUUGGACAAGCUGAUGGAGUAGUGAAGACUACCGCACCCCUGGAUUUGGCUCGCGCUCCGGGCACAGUGGUCACGAAACUGCAGGUGAGGGCUUUUGAGAGGCUCCAGCCUUGGGCCAGCGCCCAGUUCGAGCUCACAGUUAACAUACGCGCGGUCAACCACUGGCCCCCACGAUGCCAUCCAGCGCUACUGGUGACUCAAAUCCCAGAGACCGCACCAGUGGGCACUGUGCUGAACACGCUCACUUGCAUUGACCCAGACUCUGCUGGAGCUGCUGUUGACUACCAACUGCGGUUUCACGGUCCUCCUCACUCUGCCAGCCUCCAUCUGCGUGAAAGAGUCCUUGAGGUGAACACUACAUUGGACUGUGACACACCUGGGGCUUGCUUCCAGCAUGCAGCUUCGAUCUUGGUGUUUGAUGGUGGUCAGCCCCAGAUGACCACUGAGGUUCCAGUCCUGGUGAUGGUGACACCUGUCAAUGAGUUCUCCCCAGCCUGUGUCCCACGCACGUUCCGGGUUCGGGAGGAUGCAGGACCCCGCACUCUGCUGGGCUCUGUAGUGGGCACGGAUAUGGACUUUCCUCAUAACAGCCUUGAGUACUACAUCUCUGGCGGACCCUCCACCUUUGCUGUGGACCGCCUCACUGGAGAGCUUCAUCUCCUGGGGCCUUUGGACUAUGAGCGGCAGAGGUUGUACAGAAUUGUUAUUUUGCUGAUUGAUCACAGCCAAGACUGGGACCUCAACCACCACCGCUCAGGCUCAUGUACCAUAACGAUUGAGGUUGAGGAUGUGAAUGACCACGCCCCUGAGUGUGAGCCUCCAUUUCAGGAACUCACCAUCUACACUCCCCUGGGUCAUAGCAUGGAGGUGACCAAGGUGUCAUGCCGGAUCCCUCAGGAGCCACAGCGCUCGGCCCUCUCCUACAGCAUCGUGGGAGGGAAUAGCCAGAGCCGAUUUAGACUGCAAGGGAGCAUCCUGGUGCACAGUGACACUGUGCUAGGGCCCCCAUGGCCAGAGCAGCCCUGCACCUAUGAACUAUUGAUCCAUGUUGCUGAUGUGGGCCCUUCCACCCCCCACCUCAGCACCACAGCCACCAUCAUUGUGCAUCUAGUUCCUCGGAAGGCCAGCACGGUGGCCACCAGCACCCAUGGCAGCACAGUGUCCUCAACAAUGACACCCCUGAUUGUGACAGAGGUGGAGGCUUUCUGGAAGCCAGAGGCCUGGUUUGUGGUAGUGUUGACAGUGACGGGAGCAGUUCUCCUUCUGGCUCUGGGCUGGCUCCUCAGCAGGAUCCUUCGGGGAUUGGCCCAGUCUCUACAGGCACCAAGCAAACCGGCCAGAGCCCUGUUGCUAAACAGCAUCCGGGGACAUGAAGGCUCCAUUGAGAGGCUCAUGGAGGCAACAAGAAUGGAGAUGUCCCAGGUACCCGGAACUGCUGUGGGUCUGCAGCAUUUUGAUGGCAGAGCCCAAGAUGUCUGUACAGGGAGAGAUUACCUGUUCAGCACGAGCACGGGAGCCCGGCGUUGGCUGUGAGGCCGAGCAGCUGCUUCAACUGUGUGUGGAACUCCCUAGUCACAUGC